AGGAGAAAGAGAAGAAAGAGAAAGAGCUCUUCUUUUAGAUCUGCUCUCUUUCACUGCUUGCUUGUUUCUGAGUUCUUGACUCGUUCUCUGACUCAGUUCCACUCGCAUUGAACAAGCUCGCCUUCUGUUUACUGCUUUAGGCCAAAUUUUACGUCUAGACUGUAGCAAUAGGCUUUGUUUUUCCCGCCCGUAGUUUGCAUUUUGAUUGAAUUUCGGGCAUUGGAUCCAGCGAUCGAAUAAAUGGCGGGUUUCCUGCUUCAGUUGCCGGAGCUCCGGUGAGAGUCCGGGAUUUCCGGCGAGUUUUGCGGUGGAGAUGUUUAAGUCGGCGAGAUGGAGGAGCGAGAAGAACAGGAUCAAAUCUGUCUUCAAGUUGCAGUUCCAUGCAACUCAAGUGACACAGUUAAAUGUGCAAGCAUUGAUGAUAUCAGUGGUUCCUGGCGAUGGGGGAAAACCGACAACAAAAUUAGACAAGGCGACGGUUCAAGACGGUAACUGUCGAUGGGAAAAUCCAGUUUACGAGACCGUUAAAUUUGUUCGAGAGCCAAAAACUGGGAAGAUCAAUGAGAAAAUCUAUCACUUUAUCUUGUCAACAGGAUUGGGAAAAGGCGGCUUGGUAGGGGAAGCUUCAGUUAAUUUUGCUGUUUAUGCUGAGGCAAUUAAAACUUCCACCGUUUCUCUUCCAUUAAAGAAUUCAAACUCUAAAGCAAUUUUGCAUGUCUCGAUACAGAGGCUGCAGGAAAAUGCUGAUCAAAGAGAGGUGGAAGAAAUUGAAGAUGCAAGUAUUAAAUCGCAAGAUAGGAGCUUGAAGGCCCAGUUGAGCAAUGGUGAUGCAGAUGAAAGCACUAAGAAUGAUCCCAUUGAAGAUGCGCCUUUCAGCAAAACCACCCACAAUGUUGAGUUGCGUGGGAACCAUAGAGGAUCUAAUGGAUCUGACAUUACCAUUUCAAGUUCUGAUAGCUCUGGACUUAAUACGCCACGAGAACUUGGAAUGAGGAAUGACAACAACAAUCAGGACCCUCCCACUUAUCUGUCAUCUAUGAAUCACACCUCAGUUACUCCUAAACCAACACCAAUUGCCUCAACAACAAUCUAUGAGGAAUGGUCGGCAGGUUCUGAUCAUGGAAUGAGUACUGAUGACUCUAACAGUUCUCAGGACACCUUUCCGCGAGAAAACUCCCAACAUGCUUCAGAUAAUGAGAUUGAAAAGCUCAAGAAUGAGCUUAUUGCUUUGUCCAGGCAUGUGGAUGUGUCAGAUUUGGAAUUGCAGACUCUCAGAAAGCAAAUUGUAAAGGAGAGCAAAAGGGGGCAGGAUCUCUCACGAGAAGUUGUUACUUUGAAAGAAGAGAGAGAUGAACUCAAAUUAGAGUGUGAGAAACUGAAGGCCUUUCAGAAGCGAAUGGAUGAUGGAAAAACAGAAAGCAGGGUGCAGUUUGAGAGUGGGGACCCCUGGGUUCUUGUUGAAGAAAUCAGACAAGAGCUGAAUUACGAGAAGCACCUGAAUUCCAAUCUUCGGUUACAACUGCAGAAGACACAGGAAUCAAAUGCUGAGUUAAUCCUUGCUGUACAAGACCUAGAAGAAAUGUUGGAUGCAAAGAAUAUGGAGAUAUCCAACCCUCCCAAUAAAUCAGGAUCCUAUGACAAUGCUGAAGUAUUUAGAGGAACCAUCGGAAGAAGUGACACAGAUGAGGAUGAAGAGCAAAGGGCGUUGGAACAGCUUGUUAAAGAACACAGAGACACCAAGGAAACCUCUGUCCUGGAACAAAAGAUCAUGGACCUCUAUAGUGAGAUAGAGAUCUACAGGAGAGACAAAGAUGAGCUUGAGGCGCAAAUGGAGCAGCUAGCACUUGACUAUGAGAUACUGAAGCAGGAAAAUCACGACAUCUCAUACAAAUUAGAACAAAGCCAGCUGCAAGAACAAUUAAAGUUGCAGUAUGAGUGCCCGUCUUCUUUUGCUAACAUAAAUGAACUUGAGACCCAAAUUGAGUGCUUGGAAAGCGAACUCAACAAGAAGUCAAAAGAAUUCUCUGACUCUCUAGCCACCAUAAAUGAACUAGAAACCCACAUCAAAAGCUUGGAGGAAGAUUUAGAGAAACAGGCACAACUAUUUGAAAUGGAUCUAGAAUCUAUCACACGAGCCAAAGUUGAGCAGGAGCAAAGAGCUAUCCAAGCCGAGGAAGCCUUGCGAACGACAAGAUUGAAGAAUGCCAAUACAGCUGAAAGGCUACAGGAGGAAUUCAAAAGGCUCUCCAUGCAGAUGGCCUCGACAUUUGAUGCAAAUGAGAAGGUGGCUACAAAAGCUCUGACUGAAGCUAGUGACCUACGCUUGCUGAAAAAUCAGCUGGAAGAACUGCUCAAGAAAGAUAAGGAAGAGCUCCAAUCAGUUAGGGAGGAUUAUGAGGCAAAACUCUGUAACCUUUCCAAUCAAGUGAAUUUAAAAUCAAAUCAGAUAGAACAGAUGUUGAAGCAAAUUGAUGAUAAAUCUAAGCAGCUUGAACAUCAAAAGAAGCAUGAGGAAGAAGCUAGUGGGGCAUUUUCCCAGGAAAUGUGCAGCCUAAAAGCUGAGAUUGACAAGCUGACAACAGAAAAUAAAUUCCUCUGUGAACAAGCAGAGCAGGCAGAAAACUUGAGACUUGAGUUGGAGCGCACACAAGCAUUUGCCAAAGAAACUGACGUGCAGAUGCAAAGAGGAAAUUUAGAAAGAAAUGAGCUGGCAAAUACAAUUGCUUUGAUGAAAAAGGAAGCAGCUAAGUCACUGGAGGAAUUGCAAAGAAUGAGUCAUCUGAAGGAUGAGAAAGAAGCAGCAGUUGAAUCCUUACAAUCAGAGCUGGACAACCUCAAAACUCUGUGCAAUAAAUUGAAACAUUCUCUAUUUGAGGAUGAAGUAGAGAAAGAAAAACUCAGAAAGCAAGUAGUUCAAUUAAAGGGUGACCUUAAGAAGAAGGAAGAAGCAUUUACUGGCAUGGAAAAGAAGCUGAAGGAGAACAACGGAAGAGCAGCAGGUUCUGAUGGAACAAGAACAACAUUAAGAAACAAUAAACCCUCCAUGGUUCCUCGUGGUCCUAAAGAGGUUGCAAGCCUGAGGGAGAAAAUAAAGUUGCUUGAGGGACAAAUAAAGUUAAAGGAAACUGCGUUAGAAACAUCCACAAAUGUCUUUCUGGAAAAGGAAAGGGAUCUUCAGAAGAAAAUUAAUGAGUUAGAAUUCAGAGUAGAAGAACUCAAUGAGCAAAGCACCACUCUCUGCCAGUACCAAUUCAAACAGGUAUUUAAAGAUGCUAAGGAGGUGGGGGUUACAUCAGAUGGGAAAGCAUGCAUAUCCAAGCAACAUGGAAAUACUGAGCCUUCUGUGAAAAGCAAUGACAAUUUGUCAACGAAAGAACAGAAACCCUCUAUUGUCAAUAAGGACUGUAACCAGGAUGAAUUGAUAGCUGAACUGUCAUCGUUGAAGGAAAGAAACCAAUCAAUGGAAAAUGAAUUGAAGGAUAUGCAAGAGCGAUACUCCGAGAUAAGCCUCAAAUUUGCAGAGGUGGAAGGUGAACGACAACAGCUUGUGAUGACCGUGCGGAACCUCAAGAAUGCCAAGAAGAGCUAAGCAAGUGUCGAAUGUCUCCCUAUACAAAAAAAAUACAAUGUAUAGUCGAAGUAGUAGCUGGGUGUGCCCACACGGAAAUUGUAGGUGUGACAGUUCCUUUUCCAGAGUGAAUAAAUUAAAUUGUACAAAAAAAAAAAUAUUAAUACGCAUUCACAUAGUGGCUUUCCAAGAUGUAGGUAAGUCUAUUUUAUUCAUGUUUUGAUUCUUGUCCUCCCAUAAUUUCGUUUUUGUUGUUCCCAUCUCUUUCAAAAGAUUGUCAUGGUGACAUUUUCCAUUAA